AUAUGACUUGGCACUAACUGACACUUGUAGUUAGUUUACUAUUAUGAACACGUGAUUACUCAGAACUAUCACUAUCUAACCUCAAUAUGAUGGAUGUAAGGGAACCGGGAUUUUGUCCACAGUGUGGUACUAUAUUACCUUUAGUUGGUGAAGCAGGAGGAGUAACAUGCUAUUUAUGCAAAAUUUCCUAUGGACCUGAAGUUUUUGGAAGAAUGGAAGCCAACUACAGGAUAUACUUUAAUAGAUAUUCAGAAACAGGCAAAAAAAGAGUUGAAAUGGAUGAAGGUGAGGAAGCUGAUGGACCUGUCGUGGAGAGGAGAUGUCCCAAGUGCAAUAACGACCGAAUGUCAUACGCAACCCUUCAGCUGCGGUCAGCAGAUGAGGGCCAAACCGUGUUCUACACAUGUACCAAGUGCAAAUUCAAGGAAAAUGAAAAUUCAUGAAUCAUCGAGCCAAUGUUGAUCAAGAUUUUAGGAUUAUAUGUAACCAUAUUAAAGUUAUUUAAUCAUUUA